CCGCCGCGAUGCUGCCCUGGAGACGUAACAAAUUCGUGCUAGUGGAGGACGAGGCCAAGUGCAAGGCGAAGAGCCUGAGCCCGGGGCUUGCCUACACGUCGCUGCUCUCCAGCUUCCUGCGCUCCUGCCCGGACCUGCUGCCCGACUGGCCGCUGGAGCGCCUGGGCCGCGUGUUCCGCAGCCGGCGCCAGAAAGUGGAGCUCAACAAGGAUGACCCGACCUACACCGUGUGGUACCUGGGCAACGCCGUCACCCUGCAUGCCAAGGGCGACGGCUGCACCGACGACGCCGUGGGCAAAAUCUGGGCGCGCUGCGGGCCGGGUGGGGGCACCAAGAUGAAGCUGACGCUGGGG